GGCGGCGAGGCGAGGCUGGACGGCCGCGGCAGGGGACGAGGCCGCCCGGGCCGCCGGGGAGCCGCCGGGGCCCGGCGCAUGGCGGCGGGGGCGGCCGGGAGCAUCACCACGCUGCCGGCGCUGCCCGACGACGGCGGCGGCGGCGCCUUCCCCCCCGGGCACUUCAAGGACCCCAAGCGGCUGUACUGCAAGAACGGCGGCUUCUUCCUCCGCAUCAACCCCGACGGCAGGGUGGACGGCGUCCGGGAGAAGAGCGACCCGCACAUCAAACUGCAGCUUCAGGCAGAAGAAAGAGGAGUGGUGUCAAUCAAAGGUGUAAGUGCAAAUCGCUUCCUGGCUAUGAAGGAGGAUGGCAGAUUGCUGGCACUGAAAUGUGCAACAGAAGAAUGUUUCUUUUUUGAGCGCUUGGAAUCUAAUAACUAUAACACUUACCGAUCACGGAAGUACUCGGAUUGGUAUGUGGCACUGAAAAGAACUGGACAGUACAAGCCUGGACCAAAAACCGGACCUGGACAGAAAGCUAUCCUUUUUCUUCCAAUGUCUGCUAAAAGCUGAUUUCCAUGGCAGAUUCUGAACACAUGCCACACUACACUUUGAGGUAGUUUCCCGCUCCUCUCCAAGCUAGCAAAAAUAGAAGCAAUUAUUUGCUGAUACUAGCUGCUUCUGCAGAAAAUUAAGACAUUAAUGUUUUAUACUGUCUUUAUACUGCUCUUUAAACCUAUUGUGCCAGUGUGUGUGGAGGUAAAGUUACUUGGAAAAUAGAUUUCCAUGAUCAAUAACACUUCUAUUUUCUGCUAGAGAUCUAUAUAGAGCUAUUUUAUUUACUUUACAUUCACUUCAGAGAGUUAAGGGAAACUAAUCUGAUGCACGUGUGCAGAAAUAUUUACCUUCUAAAAUAACUUAUAUCUUUAUAGCUUAUUAGAGAAUAAAUACCGAUUUUCAUCCUAAAAUUAAAUGGUCCAUGAAUAAUUUUAAUAUGGUCUAAAUAACUCUUAAAAUAAAAGUUCUAAAUUAUUAAUAUAA